GGAGGAGGUAGUGGAGGAGGAGGUGGAACCGGAGGAGGAGGAGGUAGUGGAGGAGGAGGUGGAGGUGGAACUGGAGGGGGAGGAGGAGGAGGAGGAGGAGGUGGCGGCAUGAUGGGGUUCGCGGCGUCCAUCCCCGGCGGCGGAGUGCCCGGCGAGGACUUCCCCCUCCUGGCGUCCAUCCCCAGCACGGGCUUCUCCUGCGUCGACAGGCUGCCCGGGUACUACGGGGACCCCUCGCCCGACGCGCGCUGCCAGGUCUUCCACAUAUGCGAACGCCCGAACCGGAUUCACUCGUUCCUCUGCCCGAACGGAACCAUCUUCAGCCAGCAGUACUUCGUGUGCGUCUGGUGGUUCAACUUCGACUGCUCCACUUCCGAUCAGUUUUACAUCCUCAACGCCGAGAUCGGGAAGGUUCCGGAGAAUUCUGGUGGAGGAGGUGGGGGUGGAGGGAGUGGAGGAGGAGGAGGAGGUGGGGGUGGAGGAGGAGGAGGAGGAGGAGGUGGGGGUGGAGGUACAGGAGGAGGAGGAGGAGGAGGAGGAGGAGGAGUAGGAGUAGGAGCAGGUGGAGGUGGAGGAGUAGGUGGAAGUGGAGGAGGAGGAGGAGUAGGAGGAGGUGGAGGUGGAGGAGGAGUUGGUAGCGGUGGUGGUACAGGAGGAGGAACUUUCGGUGGUAGUGGCGGUGGAGGAGGAGGAGGAGGAAAUGCUGGCGGUGGUGCCACUGUUGGUGGAGGAGGAGGAAGCGCUGUGGGCAUCAACCCCUAUUCUUGGGAAAAUCUGGCAGCAAAUCGUGUCUUACCGAAGCACAUCCAAAGCUUUGAAGUGCAGCCGACGCCUAAUAUGCCAAAAGAAAGGAGUAUUAGACAUCCACUAAAGCUGAAUCGACCAACACCUGUGACAUCGAUUGAUGGUGGCUGUUGA